GUUAGUAGAAGAAGAAGAAGAAUAACGGAAGUUGCUGACUGUUAAGCUAACGUCCUCCCUGCAUUACACAGCCUGUGAUUACAUGACAAACAAACAAAUAUUUCACCGCUACAGUACAAUGUAAGUUAUUUUUUUACAAUUCACACUUGUUCAGUUGUUUGUGGAUCGCUCGGCGCUGCCCCGAUGCCGUGGAGGUGUUGUGUUCCCGGGUGUAAAGGCUACGACGAGGCGAAGUCUAUGGGGGUUAUUUUCCACGGUUUACCAACCAGAGACCCGCAGCGCUGUAAAAUAUGGCUGAAGGCGAUACAGAACCCGAGGUUUGAUGAAAACACCCCGGUGUCGAAAUACAGCGGGGUAAGAGUGUGCAGUCUGCACUUCCAGCCGGAGGACUACGAAGAGGACUUCCGUGCUAAGAUACUGAACAUCGCGCCCAAGCCGGUGUUGAAGAGCGGCGCUGUGCCGUCAGUGUUCCCCGGGAGACAGCACGGUGAGCCGGGCAGCGCUGACACAUCUCCGCCGGCUCCAAAGAGAACCAGAACUCAGGUGGCCGGUGGAGCUGCAGGGAGCUCCUCUCAGUCUCCUCCAGCAGCAGCAGCAGCAUCCGACGAAAGCUUCUGCAUCGUGGUGUCAGUCGACCCUCGUGACGACAGCUUCCACUCAGAACCAGAGUUCAACUCAGCGACAACAUCUGACGAGUCUGACGAAGACGCCGACAAGGACUGCACUAUUGUUUAUAACCGCAGCCUGAUGGAGCUGUUCAGGAGGUGUCAGACAUGCGGAGAACCCAUCGUAGAGAAGGAGGUGUUCCACUCAGGUGCACAGAUGAGGGUGAAGUGGAGCUGUCCUGGCGGACACUCCGGUGUGUGGAAGUCCUCUCCUCACCUGAGAGACAUACUUCCAUAAACCGCAGCUGCUCACUGCUGCUGCCGUUCUGUUCACUGGACCAGCGUUUGAUAUGAGGAGGAGACUUUUUAAUAAUCAGAAACACUGAGCCUGAGACGGCAACUGCUGAACCACAUCUGCUGAUCCAGCUGUGCUCAGGGCUGCACCACACCUUCAUGUUGGACCCCACAAAGGAAACAAAGUGGUGCAGAAUCCAUCUGUUCUGUUGCUGUGGAGACAAUCAGCUUCAUAAGAGGACGACCUGAGCUUUGGGACCAUGGAGCUGACGUGGCUACUCUGACAUACAGCGCAUCAUGAGCACCACCCCGACAUACAGCAAGAAAGGGUGAGCCAUUUCUUACGGAGGAGAAGAUUCAGGUCAUGGAUAAUAAACCUGUGAAGCUCAAUCAUUCAGCAGGAGGGGGUGUGUUUGGUGCUGAAGCUGCAGCACUGAGACGUGGACACAAUAACAGAGACAGCUUCACCGCACACUGUGGCUGCUCAGAGAGCGGCUCUGACUCUGGUCGUUAUGACGGACCAAACAGACUGUCAGCACAUCACAGACAUGUUCAUGCUGCAUCAUGAGCAUGACUGGAGAAUACUUUUUGUAAACAUAAUCUGGUGUUUUUUAUAAUGGCUCCUGAACAUAGUUUUAAUAUUCAAACACAGGUGAUGACGUGCAGAUAAAGCUGGGUGUAACUGACAUCACUGCAAUAAAGAGUCAGUGUGAAUGUGUGUUUGUGUCCGUAUGUGUCACUCAGUGAGAAGGUCCCAUAUGAUGCAGUGUGUGCAUCGUUUAUCACUGUGUUAUGAUCUGACAUUUGAGACAACUCUGCCCCCUGAACACCAGAGGCCUGUGCUACGAAACCAGUUCAACGUACCCAGGAUAUCUUCUUGUUAUCUGGUUUGACUAACCCGUCACACUGGCUAUUUGGAUCAGCGGUAACACAAAGCUGGUUAUCAACUAGUUCAGUCAAGUCUGGGUUUUCAUAUCAGCCAUGAGCGCUCUCAUGUUAAAGAGGCGGGGUGUUAAUUACGAGCAACAUCAUUAGAACCUGUCGAAGGUGCGGGCGAUACUUCAGCAUGGCUCUCACCCUCUCCACAACGCUCUGGUCGAACAGAGGAGCACCUUCAGCCAGAGACUGAUUGCUCCUAAAUGCACCACUGAGCGCCACAGGAAGUCAUUCUUACCUGUGGCCAUUAAACUGUACAACUCCUCCCUCUGAUGAUCGGACUCAUUUGGCUAUUUAUAAAACAAAACACACAAUAUAAUUACUCAUUCUUAUUUCAUUUAUAACGCUACAACCAUUUCACUGUAUACUGUAUAUAUUUCAGAUUGUCUACUUUACUAUUUUAUUAUUUAUUUUAUUGUCUACUUUAAUAUUUUAUUUUAUUUUAAUGUCUAAUAUUUUAUUGUAUUUAUUUCAUUGUCUAUUUUAGUAUCUUAUUAUAUCUUCAUCUUUAUCUCGUGUUUCCAUUCAUGCUGUAUUUCUACUUUGCACGGAGCAUUGGAACAAAAACAAUUUCCCUCCGGGGAUUAAUAAAGUAUUCUGAAUCUGAAUGAAUAAAUAAAGGAGGCUGCUUCAUAUAAUAUGAGGUGAAACUGCUGAAAGUGUCUGAGACUACAAGACAGUAAAACGUCAGAGGUGUGGGAUGUACAGAGAACUGUAUGAUAAAGAACAGGACACGCACAUCCCCGAA